UGGACUUUUCCAUUGCUCGUGCUUCAGUACCUGGGUGCGUUUGCAGCGGGAUGAUCGGCUCGGCUUGAAGAGCAUUUACUUCUAAUCUCCGGCGUGUGACAUCCUAGCGGGAAGGGGCGACCCCUUUCAGGAGCUGCUGCAGGGGCUAGAAAGAGGGGGAAUGACUGGUGACUGGCUGUGAUGAAAUAUUUCCUAGUUCUGGGAGCCUGAGGAAUAUAGGCUGUCUUUUAGCAUCUUUUCUUCAGGAAGAGCUGAAAUAACAAGAGGAACUGAAGCACAUCCAUGAAACAGGCUGGAAGCAUCAUUGAUUCUGAUUAAGAACACCAUAUCUGAGGUCAUUUGCAAGACACACUGUCCUUAUGAGGAUAAUUUCAAGAGCACAGAAGUCUUGACCCUGCCACUUUUUCCUCUACAGAAUCCUUGCCAAGAAUCCAGCCUUGCCAUCUGCCCAGGAAAAUGAUGAUAUUGCUCAGCUCUUCUGGAUAAUGAAUGAUGUAGCUGGAGCAGCAACAUUAACAUUAGCAAAAAAGAAUAAUCAGAGCCCCUUGGAAGCAAGGCUUUUUCCUACCCCACAGGAUAAAGGACAUGACCUUCACCAUCAGGAUGAAUCAGGAAAAACCUGCCAAGUCAUCCUAGCUCCCUGGCUGUACAAUUUGCUGUUCCCUUGCUGUUCACCAGCCAGUAGCCCCACCUCUUCCCACCUAAAGAAAGGAAGAAGCCAGUAAGUCACAAAUGAUAGCUGAAAAGUGAAACAUCAAAAGCUGUGUAAGACACUCUCAAGGAGAAAAAUUACAGUACUUCUCCAUGUGAGCCGGGGAAACUGUGCAUAACAUCAGUUCCGAAGAACAGCGACAAAUGUUCAAGUAGCCGAUACCAGAAAUUGCACAAAUAAACACAUACAUAUAUAUUAGGGUAUUUACACACAGUGAUCUACAGAAUUUAGAAACAUACCUUCAGAAUGGAUGAUGGAUACAGAAAUGCAAACCUCUAUCAAGGGAGCAGAGGCAUAGGUAGGGAGACCAACGAAGUCUCAGAUGACUAUAGGUACCAGGAUGGUAACUAUGAAGGAUACACACCCAAUGACGGCUACUACCGUGGUGGGGAUGAACCUGCUCAUGAAGAAGAUGCCCAGAGUGAUGUUACAGAAGGCCAUGAUGAAGAUGACGAAGUCUAUGAGGGGGAGUACCAGGGAAUCCCGCACCCAGAUGACAUUAAAGACAAGCAGAAGAGAGCCCCUGCAGCAGCUGACGAGUACAGAGACCAUGCUGAUCUUAUGGCAGAGAGGAUGGAGGAUGAGGAGCAGCUUGCCCACCAGUAUGAGAACAUCAUUGAGGAGUGUGGCCAUGGACGCUUCCAGUGGACACUUUUCUUUGUUUUAGGAUUGGCGUUGAUGGCAGAUGGAGUGGAGGUGUUUGUGGUUGGAUUUGUCCUGCCCAGUGCUGAGAAGGAUAUGUGUUUAUCCAGUUCAAACAAAGGGAUGCUGGGCUUGAUAGUCUACCUAGGAAUGAUGGUGGGAGCUGUUGUGUUGGGUGGCCUAGCUGAUAAACUGGGAAGGAAGAAAUGCCUCAUCAUAUCACUUGCAAUCAAUGCUGCCUUCGCGUUCCUUUCCUCCUUCGUCCAGGGAUACGGAUUCUUUCUCUUCUGCCGCCUUAUCUCUGGCCUCGGUAUUGGGGGAUCACUCCCCAUUGUGUUUGCCUAUUUCUCUGAAUUCUUGUCUCGGGAGAAGAGGGGGGAACACCUGAGCUGGCUGUGCAUGUUCUGGAUGAUCGGUGGCAUUUUUGCUUCAGCGAUGGCUUGGAGCAUCAUUCCACAUUACGGCUGGGGUUUUAGUAUGGGAACCAAGUACCACUUCCACAGCUGGAGAGUCUUUGUGCUUGUCUGCUCUCUGCCCUGUAUCGCUUCUCUGGUGGCACUGAAAUUCAUGCCCGAAAGCCCACGGUUUUUGCUGGAGAUAGGUAAACACGAUGAAGCCUGGAUGAUCCUUAAGCAAGUUCAUGACACCAACAUGCGGGCCAAGGGCGAGCCGGAGAGGGUGUUUACGGUGUCCUAUAUCAAAACUCCAAAGCAAGUAGAUGAGUUUAUCGAAAUCCAGAGCUCAACAGGGACCUGGUAUAAGCGGUGGCUGGUCAGAUUCACCACCACUUUCAAACAGGUCUGGGACAAUGUGCUAUAUUGUUUAACAGCCCAGUACAGGAUGAACACAUUGAUUCUGGCUGUGGUUUGGUUUACAAUGGCCUUAAGUUACUAUGGCCUUAUUGUCUGGUUCCCUGACAUGAUUCGAUAUCUCCAAGAAGAGGCGUACGAAUCCCGUGUGAAAAUCUUUGAUGAGGAAGAAGUGUCACACUUCACCUUUAAUUUCACCCUGGAAAACCAGAUCCACAGAAAUGGGGAAUAUAAAAACGAUAAAUUUAUUGGCAUGAAAUUCAAGGAAGUGAGAUUUGAGGAUUCAUUGUUUGAGGAAUGUUAUUUUGAAGAUGUGACAUCCAGUGAGACCUUCUUCGAAAACUGCACCAUUGCGUCCACGGUCUUUUAUAACACAGAUCUCUACGAACACAAAUUCAUCAACUGCAGGCUCAUAAACAGCACUUUCCUGAAGCAGAAGGAGGGCUGUCACCUGGACUUCGAGGAGGACAACGACUUCCUGAUCUAUCUAGUCAGCUUCCUGGGCAGUCUGUCCGUGCUGCCAGGCAACAUCAUCUCUGCGUUACUCAUGGACAAAAUAGGGAGGAUAAAGAUGAUUGGUGGCUCAAUGCUGAUCUCUGCAGUGUGCUGCUUCUUUCUCUUUUUUGGCGACAGCGAGUCGGCAAUGAUCGGCUGGCAGUGCCUGUUCUGUGGGGCCAGCAUUGCCGCCUGGAAUGCCCUGGAUGUGAUCACCGUUGAGCUCUAUCCCACCAACAAAAGGGCAACAGCCUUUGGCAUCCUCAAUGGGCUUUGCAAGUUUGGUGCCAUCCUGGGGAACUCAAUCUUUGCCUCCUUUGUUGGGAUAACCAAGGUGGUUCCCAUCCUUCUGGCUUCCUCUGCUCUGGUCGGAGGUGGCCUGCUAGCUUUGCGCCUACCAGAGACUCGAGACCAGGUCCUGAUGUGAGCAACUGAGGCCAUGGGGAUGAUGGGGGGGAAUGCAGAAGAAGAACAGAAAAGCCAUGUUUAUGAAAAUCAAAACGCCCACUUGUAUAGUGCUCUGUCGAUACCUCGAAGAGAGAGGGCAGAGGGAAAGAAGAGCCCAAAGGGAUACAACCUAACCCCUAAUUUCUGACCCUUUUUGAGCCGUGACAGGUGCAUGCAGCUACAGCACACACAUUGCAGAGCUUGGCUGUUUGUGUUUAAUCUUGCCUACACUGGGGAGUGCCUGGGAGUCUAUCCUUUCCCUCUCCAUCCCAGUGUCACAACAGAGGAUGUGAAUAGCUCUGUGCGCGUGUGUGCCCGUGUGGGUGUGAGUGUGUCCAGUGGGAGAACAGGUCCUGACCCCUGUAUGCCUUUGCCGAGCUGUGAGAUACUGCCUGCCUUGCCAAGCUCUCCCUGGCGGUUUGUAAAGCUGUGCUUGGUCACAAAAGGCAGAAUGGGAGGCAGUUAACAAACCAGCUCUAGGUGAGAUCCAGCAAUAGGGACAAGAGCUCCAAACGUGACUGAUGACCUUAGCGCUUCUGAUUUUGGGGUUACUAUCUGAACCUGGCAGAAAGAGUCCUCACUUCUGGAGGCUGUGAGGAUGUGUGCUCAGCUCUCAGAAGAAGCAGAGUCUCAAAGCCCUUUAUUGUCUUCACUUGAGCAUAAAGAAUCACUAGGCACUUUCAAGGUCUAGGAGAGAUAUAAAUACAUAAUUUUAUAUAUAUAUAUGUAUGUGUAUAUACAUA